UAGGGACCCCCCCUCCAGGACUUGGGGACCCCUCCAGGUUUUGGGGACCCCCCCAAAAAUUGCCCCCCCCCCCCCCCAUUGACCCCCCCUCUCUCUCCUUUGCAGCCCCCCCCGAGGACGAUGCAGGCCAGCGCCGGCCCCGCGGGUUGCCCCAUGGACACCCCGAGUGGGGCGCCCGGAGCCGCUGAGGACGCCCCCAAGGAGCCUCCAGCAGCCGGCGCGUCCGGCGGCCGCCCCUACAUCUGCAGCGAGUGCGGCAAAUCCUUCGCCCAGUGGUCCAAACUGGAACGGCACCGGCGGAGCCACACGGGCGAGCGCCCCAACGCCUGCGGCGAGUGCGGCAAACGCUUCGCCCAACGCUCCCACCUGGCCCAGCACCUCCGCACCCACACCGGCGAGCGGCCCUACAAGUGCGGCGAGUGCGGCAAGGCCUUCGGCUGGAGCUCCAACCUGGCCCAGCACCGCCGCACCCACACCGGCGAGCGCCCCUACGCCUGCGGCGAGUGCGGCAAAGCCUUCAGCCAAAGCACCAACCUGGUCAAGCACCAGCGCGCCCACGCCGGCGAGCGCCCCUACGCCUGCGGGCAGUGCCGCAAGGCUUUUUACCGCAGCUCCGACCUCCUCCAGCACCAAGCCAGCCACUCGGGCGAGCGGCCCUACCGCUGCGGCCAGUGCGGCAAAGCCUUCGCCCAACGCGCCAACCUGCUGAAGCACGGCAAGACCCACGGCGGCGAGAAGCCCUACCGCUGCGGCGAGUGCGGCAAGGGCUUCGUGCAGAGCUCGGAGCUCAUCCAGCACCAGCGCAGCCACAGCGGCGAGAAGCCCUUCGCCUGCGGCGAGUGCGGCAAGCGUUUCGGCCACGGGGCCACCUUGGCCAAGCACCGGCGCCUCCAUUUGGGCUUGCAACCUCACCGCUGCGCCGAGUGCGGCCGGGCUUUCGGGCUCCGCUCGGCGCUGGCCCGGCACCAGCGGGCUCACGGCGAGGAGCGCCCCUUCGCCUGCGCCGAAUGCGGCCAAGCCUUCGCCCUCCGCUCCAACCUGGCCCUCCACCGGCGCACCCACGCCGGCGAGCGGCCCUACCGCUGCGGCGAGUGCGGCAAAGCUUUCGGCAUGAGCUCCACCCUGGUGCGGCACCAGCGCAUCCACACCGGCGAGAAGCCCUACGGCUGCGGCGAGUGCGGCAAGGGCUUCGUGCGCAGCGCCCACCUGGAGCAGCACCGGCGCACCCACACCGGCGAGCGGCCCUACGGCUGCGCCCGCUGCGGCCGGCGUUUCAGCCAGAGCUCCAACCUCAUCACCCACGAGCGGGUGCAUCUGGAGGAGGCGCACGGCGCGGCGGUGGCGGCGGCGGCGGCGGCGGCGAGGGUGGGGGUGGGGGUGGGGGGAGAGGAGGGGGUGGGGGAGGGUUCGAGGGUUGGGGGGCAGGAAGGGGGGGAGGUGGGGGGGGAGCACCCAAGGGUGAAGACUGUUGGGGGGCGUCAAGAUUUGGAGAAGUUUGGGGAGCACCCAAGGGUGCAGACUCCUGGGGUUCCUCAAGAUUUGGAGACCUUGGGAGAGCACCCAAAGACUGAAAGACUUGGGGGGCACCAAGAUCUGGAGAUGAUUGAGGAGCACCCAAGGGUGCAGACUCUUGGGGGUCUCCAAAAUCUGGAGGUGUUGGAAGAGCACCCAAAGGCGAAGACUCUUGGGGUUCCUCAAGAUCUGGAGAAGUUUGGGGAGCACCCAAGGGUGAAGACUUUUGGGGUGCGUCAAGGACAAGAGGUGAUUGAGGAGCACCCAAGGGUGAAAACUCUUGGGGGUCCUCAAGAUCUGGAGGUGUUGGAAGAGCACCCAAAGUAUCAGACUCUUGAGGUUCCUCAAGAUUUGGAGGAGCACCCAAGGGUGCAGACUCCUGGGGGUCACCAAGAUCUGGAGAAGUUUGGGGAGCACCCAAGGGUGAAGACUUUUGGGGUGCAUCAAGAUUUGGAGAUGUUGGAAGAGCACCCAAAGACCAAGAGUCUUGAGUUGCGUCAAGGUUUGGAGAUGUUGGAGGAGCACCCAAGGGUGAAGACUCUUGGGGUUCCUCAAGAUUUGGAGACUUUGGGAGAGCACCCAAAAAAUGAGAGACUUGGGGUGCAUCAAGAACUGGAGGUUUUGGAGGAGCACCCAAGGGUGAAGACUCUUGGGGUUCCUCAAGAUCUGGAGAUGUUGGAAGAGCACCCAAAGACCAAGAGUCUUGGGGGGCACCAAGGACUGGAGAUGAUUGAGGAGCACCCAAGGGUGAAGACUGUUGGGGUUCUUCAAGAUUUGGAGACUUUGGGAGAGCACCCAAAAAAUGAGAGACUUGGGGUGCAUCAAGAACUGGAGGUUUUGGAGGAGCACCCAAGGGUGCAGACUCUUGGGGUUCCUCAAGAUUUGGGGGAGCACCCAGGGGUGAAGACUUUUGGGGUUCCUCAAGAUCUGGAGAAGUUUGGGGAGCACCCAAAGGUGAAGACUUUUGGGGUUCCUCAAAAUUUGGGGGAGCACCCAAGGGUGCCGACUUUUGGGGUUCCCCAAGAUUUGGAGAUUUUGGAGGAGCACCCAAGGGUGAAGACCCCUGGGGGUCACCAAGAUUUGGAGCAAUUCGGGGGGCACCCAAGGGUGCAGGUCCUUGGGGUGCCCCCAGCUCUGGAGGAGCACCCAAGGGUGCCCCCCAAAUGAUGCCGGGGGGCGGAGCCUCGCCCUGGGGCCUCCUGAUUGGUCGGGGUCAGCGCCCCCCGCGACGCCAUUGGCUGAGAGGGGUGGGUGGGAGGGGCAGGGGUGGAUGGAGGGACGGGAUUGGCUGAGAGAAAGGGAAAGGUGGCACGGGAUUGGGUGAGGGUGGUGCUGAGACGGGAUUGGUUGAGAGCAGGGGGCGGGGCUGGAAGGGGAUUGGUUAGAACGGGGCAGGCUGGCACGGGAUUGGGCGGUGGUGGGGGGGGCGGGGAGGGGAUACUGGCACGGGAUUGGCUGAGAGGGGGAUGACGUCACUUGCCGAGCGCAGUGAUUGGUCGAGUUGUAGGCGUGCUCCGCAGCCAUUGGCUGGGAGGCGUUGAGGGGGCGGGGCUUAAAUAAAGGUGGUGACAGCCCAGA